GAUUGUUCAACCUCCACUUUAAAAAGAUUGGUUGGUAGACCAACUAAGUGUAGGAGAAAGGACCCAGAUGAAGAACCAUCAGGACAGUUCAGAAAAAGAUCCCAUACUAUCUGGUGUAGUAGAUGCAAGUUCACUGAUCACAAUGUGAGGAGAUGUAAAGGAGCCCCAGUGAAAGACAAAGCUGCUUCUUCUAGGAUGUCAGUAGGGACUAAGAGGAAGGAGAGAAGUAUGGGAAGCCAAUCUACCAUCAAAAAUUCACAAAUGUUGACCAGGUCACAAGCUUCCUCUACCACUACUGAAGUGAACAUACAGUUGAAAUCAAAAGAAGAGAAAAGAAAAGCAUGGGAAGCGCAGAAAAAGGCAAGGAAAGAAGGGAGUACAUUUGGAGCACACUGAGAAGGUUGAAGGCUUUCAAAUGGGACUGAACAUAGUAGCUUGGGAUGGGAUGGGAUAUCACUUUGUAAUCUUUUUUGACGUUAUUGUAUUCCUUAAGUAGGUGGAUGGCACCAGUCAUUGGCUGAUGUGUUUUUGAAUUUUUUUUUUUUUUGGGAGAUGUUGAUCUUGGUAUCAGUUCUUGAGUCAUUGGCUGAUGUGGUUUUUGAUGUUUUUUAGAAGAUAUUAAACAUAUAUGUUUAUUAGACAUGUUAAAUUUAUAUGUUCAUAUAUGAUUGCAUUAUCAGGUUCA